AUGAAGCUGUUUAUGGUUCUUAUUAUUCUGCUGUUUGAGGUACCCACAGACGGGAUACGACCCAAAAAAUGCUUUAAUAAUAUAACAGGCUACUGCAGGAAGAAAUGCAAAAUGGGAGAAAUAUAUGAAUCGUCAUGUCGAAACGGGAAAUUAUGUUGUGUUGAUGCAGAAGAAAACAAAAUGUUUCAGGUAGUUAAACACCCACCUCAACCUUCAGAAAACUCCAAUGUGAGUCUGGAUUAUGUUAUUUUACCGACCGUCACACUUAACACAAUCCAAAUAUAA